ACCAAAACCAGGAAGACAUUUCCAUUUCCAAAUCCCACCAAGGUUCUAUUCUGUUACAUCAGAAUUCAGGUAAAGGAAGACCAACCAAAUAAGAAAAACGGGCAAAAAAAAAAAAAACUUAUUCUAUACCCUAUGCACACCAAAAACAACAAAUAGGAAUCCAAUCAGCUGGUUAAUCCUCCUUUACUUUCUUUUCCUUCUUUUUUCUAUGUUUCUUCUCUACUCAUAUAGGCGAGAUGCCGAUGUCUAAUUACACUCUGACUACAGGCAUAUAUAGUAGCAGUACUAAGAUUUCUGUACAUAUGAUGAUGAUGAAUCGAAGGCCGAAAACUGGAUCUGCGGUAACCCAUGUACCGAAAUCCAAGCAGCAAAAAUCAAAAGAAUGUCACACCAUUAGCAAUCACAGGGGAGGCGCCUUUCUUCCAUGCGUCUCAAUUUCAACAUGGGGUUGUUCUGUUGUUGCAUCGGGAGCUGAAUAUGGCAUAAGACUUGACCCUGUACUGAACUCAGAGCUAGCUGGAGAUUCUUCAUAUAGAUCAGGUUGCCUACAGCAUUUGUAUUGAUUGAGGAAGUCUUGAAGUAUCUGCAUAACAAGUUCAGUUUAAUGAAUGUGCUCCUUGGUAGUGAAUGAAAUGGACGGAAUAGGGUUUAGCUCACAAGAUGGAAGGAAAAUUUUACCUUCCAAGCAUGUUCGAGGCUCUGGUCGGAGUUCUCUGUAUUGACUUUCUGUGCCAGCGUGCUGAGAAGUUCUGCUUGUUGCAUCAGGGCUGAUAUCUUUGGAUCAUCUUUCUUGAGAAAGGUUCCUUGUGUAUUACCACUUUGAGCUGCUAAACAAGUUUGGGACCGAAGAACAUUACUACCAGUAUGCUCAACAGAACCUGACUGGCCAUCAAGAAAGUUAAAUUGAACUAAAGAAGGGAGCUUUUGUGAAGAAGAAUGUUACCACCAGGGGAGACGUCCUUGUUACUGAUGAUUGGAUGCUGAUUAACAGCAUUAACUUUAUGUGCAUCCCGAGCCAACACCAUAAAUGGGGCCCUAGCCUGUUUAGGGUGUGAUCUAUCUCCAAAAUUCCGGGUCUCUGUUUGAUCGGGAAUGUGGGAUCUCCUGAGUUUGAACAAAGACAAAAACUUCAACAACUGUGCUGCAAACUGGCAUGGAACCAGAAAUGCAGAAAACUCUCAGAUACCUAGUUCGCUUGGCAGCUCCUGCAAUUUCUGGGUUUCCAUCAGUGUUCACCUUGUCAUCCAACAAGACUCUCUUGUUGUUAGACUUACUAAACACGCUUUCAUUCUCUUUGGCCAAUGCUUCAUAUUUUGCUCUCUUCUUGCAAAGGGUUGUGAACCGGUUCUUCACAGCAUUGUCUGUUCUGUAUAAACCA